AUGGCCUUACGUGGGGAUGGGAGGAUGCUCGUUAUGCAAGUAAUGAUAUUGAUGAGACUGGUUGUAAAUCCAACAGCAGCAACAGCUCAAGCCCGGCCUAAUUGCCAAGACAAAUGUGGUAACCUCACAAUCCCAUACCCAUUUGGCAUGGGUGAAGGCUGUUACCUCCGACCAGAAUUCAACAUCACUUGUAAUCAAUCCGCCCAACCCCCGUCAGCCCACUGGAUGGGCGGUACGAACAGGAUUACUAACUUUUCUGUCGCUGAUGGCGAGUUGCAAAUAAUGCUAGACGUAGCCACGGCUUGUUAUGACGAUUCGGGUGAGGAAACAGAGGACAGCUCUACUUGGCUAGAGCUGCCUCCUCCUUACAGCAUGUCCCAUACACAAAACAAUUUCACCACAGUUGGCUGUGACACUCUAGGAAUCUUUGUAGGUGAGCGCUCAGGGGAUGGAGGCCCAAAGAAAGAAAAGGUCAAAGCCGGCAACAGCGUCACCUUGUGUGGUGAUAUUCUUGGCGACGCACUUCCAGACUCUUGCUCUGGAUUUGGCUGUUCCCAAGCUUCCAUCCCUGGUGGACUGCGAAACAUUUCCACUUUUCUUCAAAGCCUGACUACCGGCAAUCGAACGGGGAUUUAUAAUCCGUGGUACGCUAAGUACCCUUGCAGCUAUGCCUUCAUUGUGGAACAAGGCAACUUCUCAUUCAACCCCAACACAACUUUUCAAGAACUCAACAACUCAAGGCAGCUUCCAGCAGUUCUGAAUUGGGCAGUUGAGGGUGAGUCAUGUGAUGCAGCUCAACAGAACCCCAACUUUCCAUGUAAGGAAAAUACCAAGUGUGUUGAACGGACGACCAUCGGUGGUCCGCCUGCUUACAUUUGCCAGUGCUCGUCAGGUUAUCUAGGGAACCCGUACCUCCCAGAUGGUUGCCAAGAUAUUGAUGAGUGCAAGGAUUCAAACCCCUGCAGUAUUGGAACGUGCAUGAAUUUUUAUGGAGAUUAUUCUUGUAAAUGUCCCAAAGGGUACAAAAACGACGACAAGAAUCAAAAGAGUUGCAUAGAACACAAUCCCAGCAAUCGAUGGAAGAUCAUUCUCCUGCCUGUUAUUUCAUUGGGUGUCAGUGCAGGCCUCUUGGUUUUACUAAUUGGAAUUUCAUGGAUAUAUUGGGGAAUGCAUAGAAGAAAGAUCAUGAAACUCAAAGAAAAAUACUUUAAAGAAAAUGGUGGUUUAUUGUUACAACAACAACUUGCUAUUCAAGGAAGCCCCAUGGAGACAACAAAAAUCUUUACGGCAGAAGAACUUGAGAAGGCCACAAACAAUUACCAUGAAAGUCGAGUCCUUGGUGAAGGAGGAUAUGGAACGGUUUACAAAGGAGUAUUACCAGAUAACAAAGUGGUUGCCAUAAAGAAGUCAAAAAUUGGCGUCUCAACUCAGAAGGAGCAGUUUGUUAAUGAGAUGAUUGUUCUUUCUCAAAUCAACCAUAUAAAUGUGGUGAGGCUAUUGGGUUGCUGUUUAGAGACACCGGUGCCUUUACUAGUUUACGAGUUCAUCACCAAUGGCACUCUUUUUGAGCACAUUCAUAAUACAAAGGGCAAAGGAUCACCGCUUUCAUGGCAAUUACGAUUGAAGAUAGCAGCAGAAACUGCAGGAGCACUAGCAUACUUACACUUCUCUACUUCCAUGCCAAUCAUACACAGAGAUGUGAAAACAACUAACAUACUAUUAGAUGGGAAUUACAGAACAAAAGUGUCAGACUUUGGAGCUUCAAAAUUGAUUCCACUGGAUCAAACUCAACUAACAACUUUAGUACAAGGGACACUCGGAUACUUAGACCCUGAGUACUUCUGUUCAAGUCAACUAACAGAAAAGAGUGACGUUUACAGCUUUGGAGUUGUCCUUAUGGAGCUACUAACAAGCAAAGUGGCACUUUCUUUUGACAGGCCUGAGAAAGAGAGAAACCUAGCGAGCUUCUUUGUUUGGUCAAUGGAGGCGGACCUCUUGAAUCAAAUUCUUGAUGAUGAAAUAGUCAAGGAGGGAAAUAUUGAGACAAUAAAAAACAUGGCCGAUCUCGCAAGAAGGUGUGUAAAGUUAAAAGGGGAGGAUAGGCCUACCAUGAAGGAAGUAGCAAUGGAGCUAGAGGGAAUGAGAAUUAUGGCAAAGCAUCCAUGGGGGAAAGCUGAUUGUCCAGAGGAGACCGAGGACUUGCUUGGGUCAGCUAAGUCAUAUCUCUCGUUGGUAAUGGCAGCGGUGGCGGCUACAGCAGCUCAAUUAGCUCUCCCAAACUGCCUGGACAAGUGCGGAAAUGUCACAAUUCCAUACCCAUUUGGCGUUACUAAAAAGUGUUACAUGGCACCUGAGUUUUUCAUCACAUGCGCGGCUAACGGAAUAGCAUUCUUGGGGACAACCAACAUUCCUGUUACCAACAUAUCCGUGGAUCUCGGUGAGAUCCAAGUACAGCAGUAUAGGGCCUAUGACUGCUACGACGAGCUGGGCAACAAUAGCUACAACACCCCGGAGUUCUGGGUGGCUCCUCCUUACACCAUCUCCGGUACCAAAAACAAGUUCAUGGCCGUUGGUUGCGAUACUUAUGCAACUUUUAGAGGCUACCGUGCAAACCAAGAAAGAUUCAUCACCGGUUGCAUGUCCUUGUGUGACAGCCUCAACAGUGUUGAGCAAGACUCUUGUUCUGGCAUCGGGUGUUGCCAAACUUCCAUCCCCGACGGUCUUAAAAAUCGUACUGUGACGUUGAGAAGCUAUUACAAUCAUACGUAUAUUAGGAGCUUUAACCCCUGCAGCUACGCCUUUGUUGUGCAAGAAGGCCACUUCAGAUUCUCCAAGACAAGUUUUCAACAAGUCAACCACACAGAGCAGCUUCCAAUGAUCCUUAACUGGGAAAUUGGAAAUGAGCCAUGCGAUGCAGCUCAAGAGGCGACUCAGAAUUCUUUAUGCAAGGCACAUAGCAAGUGUGUCAAACCCAAUAAUCGCUCUACAGGUUACAUUUGCCAGUGCUUGCCAGGUUAUGAAGGGAACCCUUACCUCCCCAAUGGUUGCCAAGAUAUUGAUGAGUGCAAGGCUUCAAACUCCUGCAGUAUUGGAGUGUGCGUAAAUUCCCCUGGAGAUUAUUCUUGUCAAUGUCCCAAAGGGUAUAAAAACGACGGCAUGAAUCCGAAGAGUUGCAGCAAAGACAAUCGAUCAAAGACCAUUCUCCUGCUUAUCAUUUCAUUAGGUGUCAGCACAGGGUUAUUGAUUUUGCUGGGGGCAAUUUCAUGGUUAUAUUGCGGUCUGCAAAGAAGAAAGUUCAUCAAACUCAAAGAAAAAUACUUUAAAGAAAAUGGUGGUUUAUUGUUAGAACAACACCUUGCUAGCCAAGGAGACUCUAUGGAGACAACCAGGAUCUUUACAGAAGAAGCACUUGAAAAGGCCACAAACAAUUACCAUGAAAGUAGAGUGCUUGGCGAAGGAGGCUAUGGAACUGUUUACAAAGGAAUAUUAGCAGAUAACAAAGUGGUUGCCAUAAAGAAGUCCAAAAUUGGUGCCUCAACCCAGAAGGAGCAGUUUGUUAAUGAGAUGAUUGUUCUUUCUCAAAUCAACCAUAGAAAUGUGGUGAGGCUAUUGGGUUGCUGUUUAGAGACACCAGUUCCUUUACUAGUUUAUGAGUUCGUCACCAAUGGCACUCUUUUCGCCCACAUUCAUAAUAUAAGGGACAAAAGAUCAUCACUUCCAUGGGACUUAAGAAUGAAGAUAGCAACAGAAACUUCGGGAGCACUAGCAUACUUACACUCCUCCACUUCCAUGCCAAUCAUACACCGGGAUGUCAAAACAACGAACAUACUGUUAGAUGAAAAUUACACAGCGAAAGUGUCAGACUUUGGAGGUUCAAAAUUGAUUCCCGUGGAUCAAACUCAACUAACAACUUUAGUGCAGGGGACACUCGGAUACUUAGACCCCGAAUACUUCCUUUCAAAUCAACUAACGGAAAAGAGUGAUGUUUAUAGUUUUGGAGUUGUCCUAGCAGAGCUACUAACAAGUAGAGUAGCACUUUGUUUUGACAGGCCUGAGGCAGAGAGAAACCUAGCAAACUUCUUUGUUUGUUCAGUGGAGGAAGAUCGCUUGAAUCAAAUUCUUGACGAUGACAUAGUCAACGAUGGAAAUAUUGAGACUCUGAAAAAUGUGGCCAUUCUCGCGAAAAGAUGCUUGAGGUUACAAGGGGAGGAAAGGCCUACAAUGAAAGAGGUAGCCUUGGAGCUAGAAGGCAUGAGAAUUAUGGCAAAACAUCCAUGGGGGAAAGCUGAUUGUCCAGAAGAGACUGAGCACUUGCUUGGUUCAGGCAAGUCAGAUGCUUAUCGUGUGGAUGAUACAGCAGCAGAUUGUGGUCAUCCUAGUGGUACAAGUAGCGGAUAUGACAGCAUGCAAAUCCAGAUGUUAACGUCGUAUGGUGAUGGGCGAUAAUCGAUUGCUAGGGUCUAGUUGCGAUGUAUAUGCUAGAAAUAAACCAAUAUGUUGUUCUUUGUUGGUCUUAUUGGUUAUGUUAUGAAUUCAAGAUGUGUUUUCUGUCAGUGAUAUAUGAUGAGUUGAGAAAUUAUACUUUUUCAAAAAUGACCCCAGACUUAAUCAAAUCUACCAUUU